AUGGAUAUUGAUAAUUCCAUUCAAAAAGAAGUGCCUGUUUUUUAUCCAACAUAUGAUGAAUUUAAAAAUCUUUCGGCAUAUAUUCUUUCACAAGAACAAUAUAUUAUUCGUUCACAAUGUGGUGCAUUUAAAAUUGUUCCACCACUUCGUUGGAUACCUGUUACCAAUUGUUUUUCCGAUAUUCGUAUUAAAUCUUAUUUAACUCAAAAUAUUAUGCCUACAUCAAAAAAUAAUCAUAUAUAUCAUAUUAAGAACACGUCAACAACAAAACGUCGUCAUAUGUCAUAUGAUGAAUUUAAACGUUUAGCUGAAAGUGAAUCUUAUCGUUUAUCUGACUUAAUUAAUGAUGUUGAAGAACAUUUUUGGACAACUAUUAGUGAUUAUAUGUCAGCGACGUAUCCACCACUAUAUGCAGCCGAUAUUCAUUUUAGUUUAUUUGCAAAAAAAGAGACAACUUGUAAUUUUAAUCAUUUAAAAUCUUUACUUAAUUAUUAUCCAGCAAAUAUCAAAGGUAUAACAUCUCCCUUUCUUUACGUUGGUAUGUGGGGUAGUGUAUUUGGUAUGCACACCGAAGAUUGUGAUCUUUAUUCAUUAAAUUAUCUUCAUCAUGGUGCAGCAAAAAUUUGGUACGUUAUACCAGAAGCAUACGCAGAACGUUUAGAAAAUUUUGUUUAUCAAAAUAAUUUACUUGAAUUAACCGGUGAUGAAAAAUUAUGUACAGCUCCACUUCAACAUAAAACACUUCUAAUUAAUCCACAUGUUCUUAGACAACAUAAUAUUGAAUUUCAUAAAAUUGUACAAAAACAAAAUGAAAUUGUUGUUAUACUACCACGUUCAUAUCAUUUUGGUUUUAAUUGUGGAUUAAAUAUUGCUGAAGCAAUUAAUUAUGCACUACCAUCUUGGAUUAAUUAUGGUUUAAAAACUAAAAUGUGUUCGUGUGUACACACAGCUGUUAAACUUAAUAUGAAUUAUUUUACCAAAGAUGUUCUACAAAGAUUUGAACAAGAUGUUGGAAGCAUAGUGCCCACAUCAAAUCAAAAUAAUGACGAUCAACAACAACAACAACAAGAACAACAACAACAAAUACAACAACAACAAGAGCAACAACAACAAGAACAACAACAACAAAUACAACAGCAACAAAUACAACAACAACAAAUACAUCAAAUUUCUCAAGCAGUAGAACUCUUUAAUGACAUUGAUUGUCGUUUUCCAGAUUCUACACAUAAUGAACUUAUGCUUGAUGAUCCAGCUUGUGUUGAUUUUGAUGAUGUACAACUUUUUAAUGAUAUAAGCAAAGUUUAUACGUAUACAAGUGAAAUGUCUUCUCCACAAAAAAAUGAUGAAGAUAAAUGGAAACAUUUUGAAGAUAAACUAAUGAAUCAAAUAAGAGUAAAUAUGUCACAAUAUGUUGUAACACCAACAUUAUCACCAACACAAUCCACUCAUUUACAUACCGUACCAAAACGUAUGAGAAAACGAAAAUGUUAUUGUUGUCAACGAUACGGACACUACAAAGAUUAUUGCCCAAAAUAUCUUGCUAUUAGAAACAAAUAA